CCGAGAAAGGAUUUCAGCAGACGUCACUCAUCUGCAUAGGGUGUAAAAUGCAACCAUCCUGCAAUCCACCCCGCAGCCUCUAAAAUCCUCCGCGUCUCCCCCUGAACAAACUCAGACGCUCGCUCCUUGCUGCAUACCUGCCACCGCCAACAUGGAAGGAGUAGGAUGUUACUAGCAUCCGCCGUGGUGGUAUGGGAAUGGCUGAACGAGCACGGACGCUGGCGGCCCUACAGCCCGGCUGUCUGUCAUCACAUCGAGGCAGUCAUACGGAGCGACCCCCGCUGUGGUAGUGUCGUCCUCGGCCAGGCGGACUCUCGCCUCUCGCCCUACAUCAUCGAGCUGCAUUCCAUGCACCAAUUCCGACAAGACACAGGUACACUUCGACCUGUGCGGCGCAGCUUCUACGACCUGACUUCGGCGCCAGGGCAGGGUUGGCUGUGGGAGUGGGAGAACGACUCUGGAAGUUGGACUCCGUACGAUACGGAGGUGGGCAUCGCCAUUCAAGCGGCUCGGGAUCGUCAGCAGCCCUGGCUGGACUUGGCCCCCCUGGGGUUCUGCUACCUUAUUGACUUUGAAAGCAUGACUCAAAUCAACGGGCAGACCCAGCGCUGCCGGCGCAUCCAGCGGCGUUCCGAUCUGGCUUACCCACUCGUGUCUGGACCCUUACCCAAAUCUCACCAUGCCUGGGGCUCCACGUCUAUGACUGGACAUGGAGGAAUCCUCGGGGUCGACGGGUCUGGUGUAAGCAUGGGGAUGAGGAUGAGCAGUGGCGGGGCGGGCAACGGGAGUGCGUAUCCCAGCGGAGCGCUCCCGGCUUCAGCCAUCACGUCUUUGGGACAACCCUGUGCCUGUCAACAGUGCAUGUUGGUGCUCGGUGUCAAAGCGGGUACCACCCAGGUGGGAACAGCUCACACUCUGGGGCGAAGGCCACCACAGAUGAAGCCACCCAGCCCCAAAUUAAGCAGUUACCCCGUCCCAGGAAGCUCUUACUCACUAACACUCCCCCGGCCUCCAUCUUUGUCAAGAUCUUUUUUCCCACAAAGGACGUCUGUUGUCGGGGCAACAGGUGGUUUCAGUGUCACUGGGAUGGGAACAUCUGGAGGUUUUGGUUUUAUCGGCAAUAGUGGUGUUGGGAGUGCCAGCCUUGGUCUCGGAGGGGGCUACAACCACUCGCUUUCUCUUCUCGGCCCAGCCACUGCCGCUCUUUCCAUCUCCUCCACUCGUCCUCCACCCCCUCCUCUCCCGCCGCCUCCUCCCCCGCCUGCUCCCCCUUCCACUUUGCCCUCAUCAGGUGCCACCUCUUCCCCUCACCCGUCUACUUCCUCCUCCCUCUCCAUGCCCUGCCCUGUUUCCACAGCACCUGCCCCUCCCCUCAUCUCCACAGCUGCCUCCACCUGUACACCUUCGCCUUCGGCCCGUGUUCUGGGUCCAGUUUCUUCAUCUGGUGCUUCUGCCUGUGCCGCCCCUCUGCCACCUCGCUCCAGCCUCGCAGGACUGAGUCGUCCCGCUCUGCAACGCAUCGCCAUGGCUCAGUCAAGAGCACUUAUCGCCUCUGGAGUACCAACAGUUCCAGUAAAGAACCUGAAUGGAUCCAGCCCCGUGCACCCUGCACUGGCAGGGAUUACAGGGAUUCUGAUGAGCGCAGCAGGACUUCCUGUCUGCCUGACCCGCCCCCCGAAGCUGGUGCUUCAUCCACCUCCAGUCAGCAAGAGUGACAUCAAACCCGUCCCGGGGCUGGGCCACUGCUGCCGCAAGACCACCAAGAAGCAGGCCCGGAAAGGCAAGACGCCAGAGGAAGUGGUGAAGCGUUACCUUCAGAAAGUCCGCAAUCUUCCUGAAGAGGACUGUACCAUCUGCAUGGAGCCCCUCGUGGGACCGUCCGGCUACAAGGGUCCCGGCGUGAGCGGCAUCUUCCGGGCUGAGUCGGUGGGCCGCCUGGCACAGUGCGGUCACCAGUACCACCUCCAGUGCCUUGUGGCCAUGUACAACAACGGCAACAAGGACGGCAGUCUGCAGUGUCCGACCUGCAAAACCAUCUACGGGGUCAAAACGGGCAACCAGCCGCCCGGCAAGAUGGAGUACCACGUCAUUCCUCACUCGCUGCCCGGUCACCCCGACUGCAAAACCAUCCGCAUUAUCUACAACAUCCCUCCUGGCAUCCAGGGCCCUGAGCACCCGAAUCCCGGCAAGCCGUUCACCGCACGGGGGUUCCCCAGACACUGCUAUCUCCCCGACAGCGAGAAGGGCCGCAAGGUUCUCAGGCUGCUGCUGGUGGCGUGGGACCGCAGGCUCAUCUUCUCCGUGGGUACGUCCAGCACCACCGGCGAGUCGGACACCGUGAUCUGGAACGAGGUGCACCACAAAACCGAGUUUGGCUCGAACCUGACGGGCCACGGCUACCCAGACCCGGGCCACCUGGACAACGUCCUGGAGGAGCUGCGGGCUCAGGGCAUCACAGAGGAGGAGUGUCUACCCAGAGACUAAGCCCUUCGAAAGCACACAGGAAACCAGGCAGGAGUUUUGCAAACGCACAAGUCCUGGAGACCCGGAUUUUCUACGGAGGUGAAAGGUGGCUCAGAAAAACGCUGCGUCUUUCCACUGCAUGAGGCAGCUUGGCUGAUGUAGUCAUGGGAGUGAGGCUUUUCCGGCUCGUGUUUAAAACAGAGAAAACAUACUGUGAGACUCCAUAACAAGAAUGUACCUGUUUUUGAAAACGAAGACGUGUUUACGACUGUCGCUGCUAUAAGGGACUCUGAAAAGUUUUGUUUUCCCUAUGUUGUUUUUUUUUGGUUCUGUUAAAGUGUUAGUCUUUGGAGCCAAACCAACUUUUUCACAGCAGAAGACUCAAAGCAAGCAUGAGCGUUUGCUGCCCUCUAGUGGCAGAAUUCCAGAACUACAUUCCUUUUUUUUUCUGAAACUUGAUAUUUAUAGUAUACAUUUAUAAUUUUAUAAUCUUACUUACAUCUUGUCUUAUGUGCCGGUUUAUUUGCACUUCUUGGCUGGAUUACUGAAGGAUUUAGAUGAGCCCAGCUGUUUGCCUGUCACUUUAAAAGCCAGCUUACUUUCUUUGGAAAAAAAACAACAAAAAAACAAUCAGUAUCAAUAUUUUGUAUUUUAUUAGCUCACAAACUGACAUUCCUGAACCGCUUGGCCCUUUGAGCAUGAGCGCAUCUAAAAGUCUUGUAUUUGCAUUACCAGGAUUGAUAGAGGAUUACAAAGCCCCUUGUAGGAGGUCCAAAUUCCUAAAAAGCUGAGAUAGGACCCCCAACGUGAGCUGAGAUUUGCACACCGCUUUCAACCCAGUAUCUAAAAGAAACAGACAGCUUGAAUCUACAGUUAUUUUUUUUUUGUGUAGGACACAUUCAGCUGUCGAGUUUUCGAUAGUGUCGACGGUGAUCCAGCUUUGGCCAAAGUGGUUGGGUCAGUUUGCAUUAUGACAUAUUACUGGAGGCCAACAUCAAAAGCAUUUAUACUUUAUGAUACUUUAUGUAUGCACUGUGUAUGUAUAUGUGUGUUUUUUUGUGCUCAAAUUUGCAUUAAACGUUUUUUAAGGUUAAA